GACGUGUCUUCAGUACCCGGUCGAUAGUCGGCGCGUGCGUUCGUGUCGCUCCUACCCCAUUCGAAAGUGCUAGUGAGGUUACUGAAAUUGAGUUACACUAAUUUUAUUUUUUUUUAAGUUUUUAGUGUUGUGCCUUUCUGGGAUUGGAAUUGUAAUUUCACCGAUUCCAGUGACGACUAAGUUAUUCUCGUCUUUUUAACAGUCGACAGGAGAGACGAAAAACACAAUUCUGGACGCCAACAAUGACAUAGGCCCCAAGAUGGCGCUACGACUGAAGAAGGACAUAAAGAAAGCGUCGUACUACGUGUGGUUCCUCGGAGCGCAAGAGUCGCGAGGUCUCCGCGGAGAGGAGUUCGCGUUACCAGCGGUACAGCUGCUCGAAGAGCGGUCUAGGGAGUUGGAGCCUUUUAAGGUCACCCUACAGGUGUCCCACAAAGGGCUGAAGAUAAUCCAGAAUGUGACGGCCAAAGGCAAACAGCAGACGAUCAAGCACUUCAUCCCUCACGGCAGCAUCACCAGUGCCGUGGUGCAGGGCGAUGUCGUGGCGUGUGUGCUGCUGCUGUAUAACCCGCUCACUGGAUGUCCCGUGCAUGUGCAUGCUUACAGAUGCGAUUCAGACCAUACAGCCGAGAUGCUCUACACACACCUCCAAGCUCUGAUAGAGCGGCCAGAAAACCAGAAGAAGUUCGCCGACAUAGAGCGAAAAUUGCAAAUGAGGGGAGCUCUCCCGGUAUCCAAGAAACCUCCAGACUCGUCACUAGGCAGUGAGGUGUCUAGGGAGUCUGACUCUGGGAGCAAUGAGGAGAGAUGCGUAGCCAAUCUGUAUGACAGUUUGGCCGCAGAGUUGAAGCAAAAGUUGUCUACAGGUAAAAAGGGUCUAGGCAAUUUUUCAGGCAAAAGCCCGAUCCUUCUACCCCCGCGCGACUACGACACCGUUCACCGGCAAAAGGGGAAUCUGAGUAACAUCGACACCCGCCGCUGUCUCAACCAGAAUAUUGUCGGGGUGAACGCGAGGCGCAAGCUGGAGUCGUCGGGGGGAAGCUCUGGUAUUGGGAGCGAUCUGGCCCCGUCGCCGGAGAGAAACGAGUAUACGAGGCAGCAUGACAAUCAUAGCACCAGUGAGGAAGACUGGGCGGAGAGCACGGCUUACAUGAUGCACGAGGCUUUUGACGCGUCACCCCGUCGCGCCGCGUCGCCCCGACAUGCGGCGUCCCCGCGCCGCGCGACGUCACCCCGUCGUGCGUCGCCGCCACGCCGCGUGGCGUCACCGCCGCGUCGCGCGGCAUCACCGCAACGUCGUGCGGUAUCACCGCAGCGUCGCGCGGUAUCACCGCAACGUCGUGCGGUAUCACCUCCGCGCCGCGCCCUGUCCCCGCGCCGAUACGACCGCGGCUUCAACGACGACUUCGCUGAACAGUUCCGCGACGACCUCGCGCCCUUCCGCGAACAGACCGGAUUCGACCGCCACCACCGGCACGAGUCGCUCGAACGCGUCAAAGAAAAAGAAAAAUACGACGACGAGCCCAGCUACAGACGGCGGUACGCCGCAGAAACUAAACCGUCUAAUCGGAGCAUAGACCGAGUAGAAGAUCGCCGGUUGGGCAAACUAACGAGGGGCGCCAGCGAAGGAAGUCUAAAACUCGCAGAAGCUUCCCCUAAAGACCGAUUCCAAGUCGCUAAAGAAAAAUUCAAGAAUUUGGAAAGGGAGAGGUUCAACAGGGAACUAGAACAGCACAUGGCCAUCAGGAGGAGCAUGUUGGAGAGGAACAGUCGCUCGACUUCUUCCCCCGAGGAAGAAAGGAGAGACGAGCGGCAACAGGAUCGUCACAGAGAAUUGAGCUCUCGGCGAGAACCUGACCGUUCUCACCGGGAUUUGGAGCGUUCUCACAGAGAGCCAGAGCGGUUCAAGGAUCCGGGUCGCAUGCACGAUAUAGACAGGGAUAUACCGCACAGGGAAGUGGAGAGACUCCCACGCGUCAGCCGUAAGCGCGAGGAUGUGAAGAGAUUCGAGUACGGAGCGGAGGAUUAUCUGGACAGGAUCGAACCAAAGCCGCACAGGGAGGAGUUCGAUAGAUACAGGGAGAGGAGGGAGCUAGACCGGCGUAUAGAUGAGGAUGAAAUAAUUGAGCCAGUGAUCGAGGACAGGAGGAGAGAUUGGAGUGACAGGCAAAGGGCGUUCAGCCGUUCUCGGCUGCUGGAUGACCAGCGGCAGUCGUUCGCGGAAGGCGACCGGGAGCGGUACUACGAGCGGGAGUACCGGGACUACCGCGAGCUGUCGGACCGGCAGCCCGCCAAGUUCCGCCACAGCUACGCGGAGCCCAUCCCGCGCGGCCGCCUUGGGACCGUCAGACCUUACUGAAAUGCCAUAAUAGGAUAGCGUGCUGUAUGACCUGAGGGAAUAAAUGAGAUUUAUGUUAUUGUUUAUUGUUAAUCUGUAUUACGCAGUAAGUUGACGGUGGAGUUUAUCGAGUAAGCGGCCUCUGGAUGUUAUAUUUAGCUAGUCACAGGAAAAUGGCGUACUCGCAUUUCCUUGCUUUAUAUAUAAUAAUUAUAGGCCGCUUUAGAGGAGUAUGAUAGGAUCGUCCGUCAAACACUGCCAGGCACAAAUCGUGUACCUAUUUGAAUAUUGUUUUAGUCAUUUUAAAAAUUAUUGUUCGUAGAUAAUACACAUUCAAUUAUUAUUUAUAAAUACAUACUCAGUUGCACGCACCAAAUUACAUUACUUACAGAAAGUUACGUGAUUUGUAACAACUAUAAAUGUUUAAUGGGUAAAUUUCUAAAAAUGUGUUGGUGCUACAAUUAAAACGAUGAUAAUAUAUUUCCCGUAUGUAAAUAACAAUUAUUAGUUAGUUUUAAAUAAUAUGUUAGUAAACAACCAAUCGCUAAACAUAUCGACAUUAUAAAAUUUUGCAUUAAUUAUAUGAGAUUUUAGCAUGUUUGUGUAAUCGAUAUAAUAUUUUGUUAUAAAAUAGUUUAUUUACAAAAUUUGACUAAAUGUGAUAAAAAAAUAUAUCUGGAAUGUACCUUAUCAAAAUGAUAAGUCUGGCAUUAUAAAGCUAAACCUGGCAGGCAAGCAUGGUCGCGCGAUAAAUGAUAAAACAUCAUGUCGUCACUAUUUUGUAUUUGUAAGUGCGAUAGGGACGGCCAGAUGUUUUAUCGUUUAUCUCGCGACCGUUGCCAGCCUGAUCAAGGCCUACAGAGGACCAACUUCGACUCGUUUCCUCUCUGUGACAUUUUGCACUUGUAAAUUCGUACUUAGUGUAACAUCAGGGAGGUAGCACGCCAAAUGUGGUUCGCGAUAAUUAGGACAUACGCUAGCGUGUUUGGGAUUACAGAGGCAUUCGACGCGAACGGUUGACCGGAGCGGGUGAAAAUGCGGUUGCCAUUUUAGGUAAAAUCUGUUACGUCUGCGCCAGUUAUCGUUGCUCAUAUGUGACGAAUUAAAGACCAAUCCGUGCCUGAAGUGUAACUUCACGUGAAAUAAAGACCUUAAUAAGAAUUUCCGUUGAAAUUUCGGAUGGAAAAGACUUAUUACACAAGAAAUUUUUAGGCAUGUAAAUCCACAUAUCAUUCUUCUUUAACCCUCUCGUCCGUUCCGUGCACCCGCGGGCCGCGCUACUAGCGAAUGUCCAAUGACCUAACCCGUUUGUCUAUCUAUAUAUCGCAAUAACCUAUGUUCCUAAAAUUUAGAUAUUGAUGUUUAUUUGAUUUUAAAUAAAUUCAGAUCGUCUUUUUAGAUCGUGUCAUACACGAGAACGUGUACCAUGGUUCGUAUUGCCAUUCCAUUAAAGGUUCUAUGUAUACAUCAUAGAUACGAAUUAUGUUCAUCAAUUGAGAACUUAAGGCACUGGUCCCACCGCGAGCUAGUAAGCUAUGAGCUAACAAAAUAAGCACCCUCGUGCAAAUAAAAGAGGCAUGGUGAUUUUGAUAGCUCACCGCUGGGCGAGUAACUAUAAAUAUCGCCGUGUCUCUUUUAUUUACACGGGAGUGUAUCUUCUGUUCGUUUUUAUAGCCAAUACCUCAUAGCUUACUAGCUCGCGGUCGGACCAGUGUUAUUUAAAUUUAAAUAAAUUGUCUCAUAAAUAUUUAGCGAGCAUAGGCUAAUUUGAUAUCACUCAAUGACUGAGAUAUUGUCUCGAAUAUUGUUAAUUAUUGUAUUGUAAUAUACGCGUGUUAGUAAGCAUAAGAUAGAAGACUAUAUUGCUCCAGUGACGUCACAUCACUUGUAUUGACCCGUCCAUUUAAUGAUUGUAAAAUAUUAAUAAAUAAAGUUAAUUCCA